AUGCCGUACUUCAAGACUAGCGUGGAAUGGUACGACCAGUCGUCUCUUCUGCUCAAAGCUCGACCAACUUCAACACGCAUAUCCUCCAAAUACACCGUCCUAAAGCCCACAUCCUCGAAGAUAAAAAAGCGCCAACAAUAUGCUGCAAAGCAAGCCUCCAAGCCCGCAGGUACCACACGCACAUCAUCACCACCCCCGCAAUCGCAAAACCCCGAGGAAGUAACCGUAACCUUCACGCUCAAGACGUACGAUCCAGAAUCAGGAACAUGUCUACAAUACGAGACAAACAAGGGUGCAGAGGUUGGAAGGCUGAUUGGUAAUCUGGGCAGGCUGGGAAGACACAUGGCUGCGCUACCAGAAACCUUGGAAGAUAUUAGUGCGCCAACUGGAGCGGAGGGCGUGUCGACACCAAGACUCGAUGAGAGUGGAGACGUAAAGAUAGGUGGACUGCCGACGGAUCCGAAGGCUGGCGCAAGUACAGGCGGAAAGAAGAAAAAGAAGGGGAAGAAAUGA